UCUUGUGUCUUGGCAGUGCCCUGGAGAAGAGAACCGUGUUGGAACGCGCACAGUGUAUGUGGGACAAAGGCCAGCUUCAGAAACCGAUUCUUACAUUGCGUCAAAAUUCUGCGAUAACAGGAUUGUCUCAUCUAAGUACACUGUGUGGAACUUCAUUCCAAAAAACCUGUUUGAGCAGUUCAGAAGAAUUGCAAACUUUUAUUUUCUUAUAAUCUUCUUAGUACAGGCAAUUGUUGAUACACCAACAAGCCCAGUAACAAGUGGCCUUCCUCUUUUUUUUGUUAUCACAGUAACAGCUAUCAAACAGGGCUAUGAAGACUGGUUACGACAUCGAGCUGACAAUGAGGUUAAUAAGAGCACAGUGUACAUCAUUGAGAACUGUAAGCGUGUCAAGAAAGAGAGUGAAAAAAAUCAAGGUUGGAGAUGUAGUAGAAGUGAGAGACGAUGAAACGUUCCCUUGUGAUCUCAUCUUGCUGUCCUCCAGCUGUAGUGAUGGCACCUGUACUGUUACUACAGCCAGUCUGGAUGGAGAGUCCAACUUCAAGACCUAUUCUGCUGUCCGUGAGACAUUCUCUUUGUGUACAGUUGAAGCUGUUGAUGGUCUCACAGCCACCAUUGAAUGUGAACAACCCCAGCCUGACCUUUACAAGUUUGUUGGAAGAAUGAACAUAUACACUAACCAGGAAGUUAAAGCAAGGUCUUUGGGACCAGAAAACUUGCUGCUAAAAGGGCGACUUUGAAAAAUACGCAGAAGAUAUAUGGUGUUGCAGUAUAUACUGGCAUGGAGACCAAAUGGCUUUAAACUACCAAGGAAAAUCCCAGAAACGAUCUGCUGUUGAAAAGUCAAUAAAUGUUUUUUUAAUAGUUUAUUUGUCCAUCCUGCUAUCCAAAGCAACAAUUUGUACUACUCUGAAGUAUGUAUGGCAGAGUGAUCCUGCUAAUGAUGAAUCAUGGUACAAUGAGAAAACUCGCAAGGAGAAAGAGUCAUUCAAGGUCCUGAAGAUUUUCACAGAUUUCCUGUCCUUCAUGGUUCUAUUCAACUUCAUCAUCCCUGUUUCAAUGUAUGUCACCGUAGAAAUGCAGAAAUUCUUGGGAUCUUUUUUCAUUGCAUGGGAUAAGGAAAUGUAUGAUGAAGAAAUAAAAGAGGGAGCUUUGGUCAACACAUCUGACCUUAAUGAGGAGCUUGGGCAGGUGGAGUAUGUUUUCACAGACAAAACUGGGACUCUCACAGAAAACUCUAUGGAGUUUAUUGAAUGUUGUAUCGAUGGCUACAAAUACAGGGAAUCUGCAGAUGUAAUGGACGGUCCUAUGGCAACCUUUGGAAAAGCUACUCAGGAUAGAGAGGAGCUGUUCCUGCGUGCUCUGUGCCUCUGCCACACUGUGCAGAUUAAAGAAGAAUCUCAGACAGAUGGGCCAAUUUCCAGAUCCGAAAAUAAAUGUGCUUACAUCUCCUCUUCUCCUGAUGAAAUUGCGCUGGUGAUUGGGGCCAAAAAGUAUGGGUUUACAUACAUGGGGACUGAAAAUGAAUUCAUGAAAGUAAUAAACACAAAUAAUGAAAUGGAGCUCUACCAGCUUCUGCAUGUGCUGAAUUUUGAUCCAGUCAGACGACGAAUGAGUGUUCUUGUGAAAGCAAACACAGGACAGAUUUUUCUUUUCUGCAAAGGAGCCGACUCUUCUGUUUUUAACAGAGUGGCACGGGAUGAGAUUGAGCGGGUUAAAGUACACGUGGAGCAGAAUGCUGUGGAUGGAUACCGGACCCUGUGUGUGGCAUUUAAGGAAUUAACUCAAGAGGAAUAUGACAAAAUUAAUAAGCAGCUAAAUGAGGCAAAAAUGGCCUUGCAGGAUAGAGAAGAGAAACUGGCCAGAGUGUUUGAUGACAUAGAAGAUGAUAUGCACUUGCUUGGAGCUACUGCAGUAGAAGACAGGCUCCAGGAGCAAGCAGCAGAAACUAUUGAAGCUCUUCAUGCAGCAGGAAUGAAAGUUUGGGUGUUAACAGGUGACAAAAUGGAGACUGCUAAAGCUACAUGCUACGCCUCUAGACUGUUCCAGAAUAACACUGAAUUGUUGGAACUGACAACCAAAAAUGUAGAGGAGUGUGAAAGGAAAGAAGAUCGCUUGCAAGAGCUGCUUUUAGAGUAUCAUCGAAAACUGGUACAGGAGACUCCAAAAAUUAAAGGCAGUAUUAAAAGGAGCUGGUCAGGAAACCAAGAUUAUGGCUUGAUAAUUGAUGGUUCCACUCUGUCUCUUAUACUGAAUUCCAACUGUAGUUCCAGCCAUUAUAAGAACAUCUUUCUGCAGAUUUGUCAGAAAUGUACCGCUGUGUUGUGUUGCCGUAUGGCGCCAUUACAAAAAGCACAGAUUGUUAAAAUGGUAAAAAAUACCAAAGGGAACCCCAUCACAUUGUCUGUGGGAGAUGGAGCAAAUGAUGUCAGCAUGAUUUUAGAAGCACAUGUUGGAAUAGGCAUUAAAGGAAAAGAAGGCCGCCAAGCAGCAAGGAACAGUGAUUAUGCUGUACCUAAAUUUAAGCACUUAAAAAAACUUCUUUUAGCACAUGGACACUUGUAUUAUGUGAGAAUAGCUCACCUUGUACAGUAUUUCUUUUAUAAGAACUUGUGCUUCAUUCUGCCCCAGUUUUUGUAUCAGUUCUUCUGUGGAUUUUCUCAGCAGCCACUAUAUGAUGCUGCUUACCUGACCAUGUACAACAUCUGUUUCACAUCUCUUCCAAUCCUGGCCUACAGUCUGCUGGAACAGCACAUCAGUAUUGAAACGCUGAUGGCAAACCCUAAAUUAUAUAUGAGAGUAUCUGACAAUGCGAUGUUAAAGUGGUUACCAUUCGUAUACUGGACUUUGCUGGGGGCCUUUGAAGGACUAGUUUUCUUCUUUGGAGUUUACUUGCUAUUCCAGAACCCAUCACUGGAAGGCAAUGGGCAGGUGUUUGGAAACUGGUCUUUUGGAACAAUAAUUUUCACUACAUUAGUGUUUACAGUUACAUUAAAGCUUGCAUUAGAUACUCGAUACUGGACCUGGAUGAACCAUUUGGUCAUAUGGGGUUCACUGGCCUUUUAUGUAAUUUUCUCCAUAUUUUGGGGAGGCAUCAUUUGGCCAUUCCUCAAGCAGCAACGAAUGUACUUUGUAUUUUCCCACAUUCUGACAUCUGUGUCAGUUUGGCUUGCUAUAAUUCUUCUGAUUUUUGUCAGCUUGUACCCAGAAAUCUUGUUUAGAACGUUCAAAAGUCUUAGGACUGCAGGCCAGAAGGUAACAAAACACUUGCCCUCUUCAGGAACAUCUACUAUUUUCAUGCUUUCUCAAACUUCAAGCAAUCACAGUUUCCCUUGGAGUGAUUAA